AUGGCCUGCACCGAUGACCAUCUCGCCCCACCGACGGCGACCCCCGCUCCAACGGUCGACAUGCUAACGCUCUCUCUACACCAACUCCAGAGCACUGUUACCAUUUUGGCGGAACCCCCCUUGUUCCUGGUCGGGAAACGACACCCCCACCCAGUAGCGGCUGGCACGGCUGGGGGAAGUAGCAGCCACCUCUUUUUCGUCACCGACCGCACCUCCGGUUGUGGAUUCCUGGUCGACACUGGAGCCGCAGUCAGCAUCCUUCCCCCCACCCCCGCUGAGAAGAGGCACCGCAGAGCCGACUAUACCCUUCAGGCGGUCAACAAGUCCAAGAUUGCCACCUACGGCCAUAGAUCCGCCACGUUGAACCUUGGACUGCGUCGCGCCUUCCGUUGGAUUUUCGCCGUGGCGGAGUUUCCUUACGCAGUCCUAGGGGCAUACUUUCUUACGCACUUCGACCUGAUGGUGGACAUGCGUCGCUCACGUUUGAUAGACAAUACCACUUCCCUACACGUCUGCGGUGUUCCGUCAUCCGUCCCCGCCAUUUCGCCCACCCUAAGACUACCCGAUUCCCCGGUGUACGCCAGCCUGCUCCGGGAGUUUGAAUCAAUCACGAGGCCGACCCAUUCUGACUGUCCACUCAAGCAUGCCGUUACUCACCACAUCGUGACCCGCGGCCCUCCCGUGAACGCUCGUCCUCGACGCCUUGCUCUCGAACGCCUGCGCAUCGCCAAGCACGAAUUUGACCAUAUGCUGCAGCUCGGUAUCAUCCGCCCCUCGUCAAGUCCUUGGGCGUCUGCUCUCCAUAUGGUCGACUUGGUGAAAGCGUAUCACCAGAUACCGGUCCAUCCACCAGACAUCCCGAAGACGGCCAUUACGACGCCAUUUGGCCUUUUCGAAUACGUCCGUAGGCCGUUCGGUCUCCGCAACGCCGCGCAGACGUUUCAACGGUUCAUCGACCAAGUUCUUCGUGGCCUGGACUUCGCUUUCGCCUACCUAGACGACAUUCUAGUCGCCAGCAACACCGAGGCUGAACAUCACGAGCACCUCCGGCAAUUAUUCGCCCGGUUGCAGGAGUACGGUGUGGUCAUUAACCCCAACAAGUGCGAGUUUGGAGUUUCUUCUAUCACUUUCGUCGGGCAUACCAUCACGCCCGACGACAUCCACCCACUUCCGGGCAAAGUGCAGGCUAUCUCCGACCGCCCUUUGCCAGACACCCAACGAGGCCUGCGGAAGUUCCUGGGGCUUCAGCUCGGGAACGCCGCCCUCCUCCACCACCCUCAACCCCACGCUAAAACGGCCCUGCUCGUUGAAGCCUCCAGUCAAGCUCUCGGCGCCGUGUUGCAGCAGCGGCAAGGCGGUGUUUGGAAGGCUCUCGGCUUCUUUUCUCGCAAGGUGUCACCCGCUGAGCGCCGCUACAGUGCCUUCGGCCGUGAGCUCCUCGCCGCGUACGCCGCCGUGCGGCACUAUCAGCAUUUUCUAGAGGGCCGCUCAUUCUCAUUAUAUACGGACCACAAGCCCCUCACGUUUGCGAUACGCGCCCCUACGGCCAACCACUCUCCCCGCGAAGCUCGCCAUAUGGCUUUCAUCUUGGAAUUCACGGAUGACGUGAGGCAUAUUUCCGGCCACCCCAACGUUGCGACUGACGCUCUCUCCCGGCCAUUCGCCGCGCCGCUCACAGCGCCUCCCCAGCAUUCACAAGUCGACUUCGAGGCUCUCGCCGCUGCCCAGGCCACCGACAGCACCUUGCGCACCCUUGGAACCGCUACUGCCAGCAACCUCCGAUGGGAGCCUGUUGAAUUUCCAUCAUCUGCUACUCCCAUUUGGUGCGACAUGUCAACCGGUUCUGCGCGACCCUACGUUCCUCCUUCUCUGCGCCGCGCAGUCUUUCUUGCCCUGCACGGUCUGGCGCACCCUGGGGUCCGUGCGUCGCGCAAGCUCUUGCUUAGCCCGCGCGCUAAUGUCUACCGCCGCACAUCCACUCCACCUGCCAGUUUCCUCGUUCCAGACGCCAGAUUCGACCACGUCCACAGGGAUAUCGUGGGCCCCUUGGCGCAAGUCCGUGGCCUCCGCUACCUCUUGACCUGUCUAGACAGGUUCACGCGGUGGCCUGAAGCCAUUCCCAUACCUGAGAUCACAGCAGAGACUGUCGCCGCCGCUUUCGUCGCCGGUUGGUUCCGUAACAACCGAUCCACCGUAACAACCGACCGCGGCAGACAAUUUGAAUAUCAUCUCUUCCGUGAGCUCUGCUGUCUCCUCGGGACCCGACACUGCCGUACCACAGCCUACCAUCCGGCAGCGAAUGGCUUGGUCGAGCGCUUUCACCGGCAACUCAAGACCGCCCUGUGCGCCACUGGCAGCCCGCUUUCCUGCCCUGAUCGUCUCCCGCUGGUUCUCUUGGGCCUGUGUUCGGCCGUUAAGCAGAAUCUGCGAUGCUGCCCUGCCGAGUUGGCCCUUGGCACCACGCUGCGCUUGCCCGGUUCCUUUUUUACCCCAGUCCCUGCUGACGCUGUACCAAACUAUUCGUCCUACCUCGCACGCCUGCGGUCCACCUUCCAAGGCCUCCUGGCCACUCCGACGCGGAACCAGUCUUCACGCCUGACUUUUAGACCACAAGGCCUUGACACGGCUACGCACGUGUUUCUGCGCCUGGACGCUGUGCGACCACUGCUCCAGUCACCUUACAGCGGGCCGCACGAGGUCCUGUCGCGGUCGCUGAAGCACUUCCGCCUGCUCCUUCCCCGCGGUCCGGACUCAGUUGCGGUCGACCGCCUCAAGCCAGCCUACCUGGACCCUUGCCCGUCUCCUUUGAUGGACCUUCGUCUUGGAACACUUCCCCAGUCUUGCUUCGAACAACUCAGGAAACUGGGACAGUAA